CAGUUUUCUUCAUCGGUCGAAAGUAACUUUCAUUAAUUUGCCAAAGAAAAAAUCAAGCGCUUUAAAAAAAAGUUAUGUAUACCUAUAGAACUGUCUAUCUUUACACAUUAGAAAAUAUUUUCUUGUCAUGAAUUAAAUGCAACCGGUCCAGCAUAGAGUGAUACGUGUUUCCCUUUGUGAGAGGAGUGUUUAUUGUGAAACGCCCGACUGGGUUAUAGCAUUACUUCAGUAAAGGGGAAUUGUAACCUCAAGUCCUCCACAAAUCAAACGACUUGACCAAAAUACAUGCAGUGCAAUGGAUAUUAAAAGUGAUUCUGAGGCUGGGAGUGGUAGAGACCCCGAUGUGGUUUAUGUGUACAGUCCCGAGUACAUCGAUACAUGCGACUCUCUUUCCAAAGUACCUAAAAGGGCAAGCAUGGUUCAUUCAUUAAUUGAAGCAUAUGGCUUGCUUAAACACAUGAGGGUAGUAAAGCCCCACACUGCAACGAUGGAGGAGAUGGCAGCCUUUCACACUGACUCCUACCUGGAGCACCUGCACAAAGUCGGGGAGGAGGGAGAUGACGACGACCCCAAGUCUAUAGAGUAUGGCCUGGGUUAUGACUGCCCUGCAACAGAAGGUAUUUACGAUUAUGCUGCAGCAGUAGGCGGGGCCACUUUAACAGCUGCCCAGUGCUUGAUCGACAGGACGUGUAAAGUGGCAAUCAACUGGGCAGGAGGCUGGCAUCAUGCAAGAAAAGAUGAAGCCUCCGGGUUUUGCUACAUUAACGAUGUAGUUCUUGGUAUUUUAAGACUACGGGAGAAAUACGAGAGAGUUUUAUACGUGGAUGUGGAUUUGCAUCAUGGGGAUGGUGUGGAAGAUGCAUUUAGUUUCACCUCCAAAGUCAUGACGGUAUCGCUGCACAAAUUUUCUCCCGGAUUUUUCCCAGGUACUGGAGAUGUGUCCGACACGGGGCUUGGGAAAGGAAGGUGGUAUGCUGUUAAUGUUCCCCUGCAAGAUGGAAUUCAAGAUGACAAAUAUUACCAAGUCUUCCAAAGUGUGCUUACAGAGGUACAUGCAGCCUUUAACCCUGAAGCUGUAGUCUUGCAGCUGGGUGCAGACACGAUGGCAGGGGACCCCAUGUGCUCCUUCAACAUGACCCCAGUGGGAGUGGGGAAGUGCCUGCAGUAUGUUCUACAGUGGGAGCUUCCAGCUCUAAUAUUGGGAGGAGGAGGGUAUAACCUUGCCAACACUGCCCGAUGCUGGACCUAUCUGACUGGCACUGUCCUCGGCCAAACGCUCUCUUCUGAGAUUCCGGAUCACGAGUAUUUUACGGAGUUCGGCCCUGACUAUGUACUGGAGAUCACCCCGAGCUGCCGACCUGACCGCAACGAGUCUCAGCAAAUUCAGCAGGUCAUCAGCUCCAUUAAAGGGAAUCUGAAGAAUGUGGUUUAAGAGUGGAACGCGGAUCAUAUUUCCUGAACAGGGAGGCCGUGCUAAUGAAGACAGUAUGUAGAAGUUAUCGCCAGAGGGGGGAAAUUUGGAAAACAUUACUUGAAAGUUUCCAAGGACUUUUAAUGGGAAAACCAGCUAACUGAUUUUUUUUAACCAUUUUACCCAGUUUUUUGGACUUUCGUCACUUUUUUGUGAUAGUAAAUGUCGGCCCGCAAGCUGUUCUGAUUUUAAAAGUAUCUAGUACUGUUUUAAGACUUCAUGAAAUACUGUAUGUUUUAUCUCACUUAACAUGAUUUGUCUGUCACUUUUAUGCACCUUCAUUGUCAAGGGCAGUCAAAAUGUAUGGGUAGUUUCACCCUGAUUUCCUUUGCAAGGCAUGCAGUUAAGUUAGAAACUAUCAUCAAAACAGUGUAUUUACUGCCCAGAAAAUCUCAAACAAAGAGAUAGACCCAUAGAUUUAAGCAAAGUUCUGUCUUGUCCCUUUCUUGGAGUUCGAAUGGAAGUUCUGGAGUAAAUGACAGUUUAAUGUUGGUAAGUUUAAUCAAGACUCAUCUUCAGUUUGUAUGAAAGCCGUUUUCAUUUUAGAAUCCUGUGUAGAUCAUUAUGUGCCAAAACAUGAGUACUCUUUAAGCAACUGGAUGUAAUAAUGAGUUUCUGGGAAAGAGGCAUAAUUUGUGUGUACUCAGUAUAGACUUGCUGAACUGGAAGAUGAAUACACUUUAGGCUGUCUUACCAGCUGGUCCUGAUGCAGCUUAGUUGGGGCUGUCUGUGAAGAGGUUAUCAGGUAUCUCUUCAUGUACAGCUGGAGUACAUUAAACAAGCCACUCUGGUCAUGUGAUUGCACUUCUCUCGAAUGUUUGGAAGAAGUGUAUUCCCAAUAUAAUCCAAUGGCUCUAAACACCACCACUGAGAUGAUGACUUAUCCUUUAAAAUCUCUUUUAAAUUUGUGAAACCUAAAUGGGGACAGACUGGGGCAAAGGUAGCAUGUGGCUGUUUUCAGUAGACAAAUGCUGAAGGGCUUGAGCGGCUGGAGGCUAAUUUAUUGUGUUUUUAUUACUUUUAAGUGGUGGUGUUGUGUUAACAAAAACAGCAGUGUACUUGGCUCAAAACUUUUGCAGCAGUCAACUUCCUGACUGACAUGAACCGUGCGAUCUGCACCUCGUUCAUGGGGGAACAAAAAGAAAAGAAGUGGGCUUUCAUGCUGUAUUUAAUUCUAAAGUCGUCUCCAACUUAGUCCUGUAAAAAAUGGUUUUGCCAGUGUAGAGUUAUGCUUUGAAUGAAAUGUGAAAACCACAAGCAGCCAGAUUGCAGCAGGGCACUAGGUUGCAUUGCAGUGUUGACAAUUUAAUCUCCACCUUCGUGUAUAAAUAUACUCGGAUGCCUUUUUUUGCAUCCACUGGGACUGCGUUGAAUGCCAUUUUAAAACAUGUUCCUAUCAGCAGUAGAGAGUGAUCAAACCGAUUUCAACUGGGGCUCUAGUGAGGGUGGCUGGUAGAAAAAAGAGUGACCAAAGAAAUCCACAUAUAUGUAUCAGCUCUAGCAAUAAAAAGGCUGCUUUUUAAAUAACCAGGCAAUAUCAGCAAUUUUUUUUUUUAUUGGUACCUUUUGGAUUGUAGACUAUUUGAUAUUGGAAUAAGGAAAGAUCUGCCUUAACAACCUGUUUCAUGGUACAGAUAGAAACAGCAGAAUUGACACACAGGACAGCAUCUGCCACAGCAUCCUGGUAGCAAAGGCUCAGUAACCCUACACUGCAAACAGCAUUGAGGAGUUCUCACAUGGACUUCCUCCUGAGCCCAUGAAGACUUUAAUUAAUUUCCUCCGUUUAUAAAUACUGUAUGGACUAAGAAUACAAAUAGCUGCAUCAAAGCAAGAUAAAUAUUAACAAACAGGUGCAAUCUUUAGUAUCACCCAGCAUUAAGGUUCCAAGUGUAAAUGAUCAAUUAGACAUAGUGUCAUGAAGGAUAGUUCUACCUGGGGAUGACUCCUAGUACUGUACUUAUAAAAUCCUGCUUGUUUUUUACUACUGAUCAAAAACGGUUAGGUUGUAAAGAGCCCCUGUGCAUUUUUAAUGAACUCUUUGUGUUUUUAUUUUACAUGUGGCUAUUGUUAAGUGUAUAAGCUGUUUGAAAUUGACUUCAUUUAUCAUUUUAGCAAACAUGUUUUUAACUUUGUAACUGCUGAUUUUUAAACUGACAACUGUUCUCUACUGUAAAUAGUUUUCUUCUGAAA